AUGGUCGUAAUCCUUAUCACCGUAAUUUGUUCCUGCCCAAUUCUCGUCACAUUUGCGCUCAUUUUUUUGCACUGGAAAUGGAUUUUGAGCAGCUCGGCGAGCUCAGAAGAAAAUGAGCAACAGCCGAUUCCCAAUCCCAAGCUAUUCAUGACCGUAUUUUGGGCCGUUUCUAUGGUGAUUUUGGCGAUGGCGGUGGGCGCUGUGGUUUUGUAUAUUUUUGAGCAAAUGCAUGAGGUGGAGGUGGAGAAAAUGGAUGGAGGUACGGUGGUUUUUGGCGCGAAAAUUCGCUAUUUUUUGACAUCACACAUGGCUAGGGGUACUGUAGAUCAAUUUUGGCGCGAAAAUUCCACAUUUUUUGACACCAAACAUGGCUAGGGGUACUGUAGAUCAAUUUUGGCGCGAAAAUUCCACAUUUUUUGACACCAAACAUGCCUAGGAUACUGUAGAUCAAUUUGGUGGCCAAAAAUUGAUCUACCAGUUUUUACAGUACCCAGGAACGUUUCGAGAACAAAAAAAUGUGAUUCUCAAUAGAGCGCACUUGGAUUUUCACCCAGAAAAUCCUAGAUUUCGGGCUUUUCGGGCUUAAAUCCAGGCCUAGGCUUAUUUGGUGUCAAAAAUCCCGAAAAAAAAAUUUUCAGAAGUUCAACAAUUUUUUGGCGACACGGAAACAGCGGGAAAAUCGAUUCGAAAAAUUGUCGAAAAAAAUUUGUCAACCACCAAUUUUGAGGGGUAUUUGAGAGACUAUUUGAAGAACGAGUUCAAAUUUAAGGAUAUUGAUACGGUUCGUCAAUUUUUUGCAAUUUUGCGGCGCGGUUUUCGGAGGGAAUGCGGAGAUUAUAGGCUCCGCCCACUUUUUGCAACUACAAGGCACAGUUUUUCAAUAGGAAAUCGGUAAAAAAUUGAUCAGAAUUCAAGAAAAAUCUUUCGAAAACCCUAUUUUCAAGCUCCGCCCACUUUUUGCAACUACAAGGCACAGUUUUUUUUAUAGGAAAAUCGGAAAAUCGAUUAAAUUUCAAGGGAAAUCUCUCAAAAAUCAUAAUUUUUAGGCUCCGCCCAUUUUUUGCAAUUUUGCGGCACAGUUUUUCUAUAAGAAAAUCGGAAAAUCGAUUAAAUUUCAAGGGGAAUCUCUCAAAAAUCAUAAUUUUUAGGCUCCGCCCAUUUUUUGCAACUACAAGGCACAGUUUUUCUAUAGCAAAAUCGGAAAAUCGAUUAAAUUUCAAGGGAAAUUUCUCAAAAAUCGAAAAUUUAAGCUCCGCCCAUUUUUUGCAACUACAAGGCACAGUUUUUCCUCCAAAAAAAAACCUCCAAAUUUUUGCAGAAAACCGUGAAUGUUAGCAAUGAAAUGAUCAACUUUUUGCGCACAACCAAAUUCUCAAACGACACAAAAAUCUGUGUGAAAAAUGGUAAAAAUGUGACGAUGAGCGAAGAAACAAACGGUGCGAAUUAUGUGAACUCAAUGAUAAAUACGAUGAAAAAAUUGGAGCGAAAUGUGAACGAAUCGAAACAAUUGUAUGGUGAGAUGGAAUUGAGUGGUUUGCAGGGAAUUGCUUUUGAAGUUGGCACAAAUCCGAGCGAAAGAAUUAAGAUGAAAUGGGGUGCUUUUGAGGUGAGAAAAAUGGGUUUCAAAAAUUCAGUUACUAACUUUCUCAAGCUGAAAUCGAUGAAAAUGAUAGAAAAUCUACUUUUUCAAUGAAAAAUAGCUCAAAAUCGAUUUCUCGGUCAAAAAUUCGGUUUCUUAUAGAUUUUACAAGCUGGAGUUGAUGAAAUAUCAUUGUUUCCACCAAUUUUCGGUCAAAAAUUGAGUUCCUGACAAAUUUUUUAGGCUAUAGGUGAUCAAAAUGAUGAAAAAUCGAAUUUUUCAGUGAAAAAUAGCUCAAAUUCGAAGGAAAAUCAAUUUCACAGUCAAAAAGUCGAUUUCUUUUUGAUUUUACGAGCUGGAGUUGAUGAAAAUGAUGAAAAAUCAUUGUUUCCACCGAUUUUCGGUCAAAAAAUGAUAGAAAACGCUCUUUUCGAAUAGAGCUGAUAAAUUUUGUUUACAAAAAACGAUGUUAUCAAUGGGGCGCACUUGCAAUUUUUCAUAGAAAAUCGUGAUUUUCGCCCAAACUUGAUUACCACGUCAUAACUCUCAAUUCUUCCUACAGAAAGUCGUAGCUCACAUCAAAAACGACGCCACAAAAAUGCCGGAAAAGCUGAAAAUCCAACAAAAGCGCAAAAAAUCGGAAUCCGAAGGCAAAAACAAUCAACAUCUCAUAUUUGGCUCGUCAAUCAUUUGCACAAUUUUGUGCCUUUUCAUCGCAAUUUGGAUCGUUCAACACAUUCGUUCGAAAAAACCCGAAAAACGUCAUCCAUUGAUUAUUUAUUGGACGUUGUCCAUGUUUUAUGUCUCUAGUUUGGUCACCAUCAUUUUCUCGUUGUGUUUUAUCGUUUUGUCGUUUGAUGUGAUUAAUUUGAAUGAUUGUAGAGUUGGUGGAAAUUCGAUGAGUUAUACGGAAAUGACGAGCGCUUUUGAGGUUAAAGGAAUCGAGUGAGUUUUGGGUGGAAAAUAGGUCUAGGAUCAUUUUCGGAGCGAAACUUGAAUGAGGUUUUUAGCGCGAGACGAUAUUUAGGCCUAGGCCCAAAGCUUGGUGACCAAACUUGAUAGUUUUCGACCCGCUGAUCACUAUCCUGUUGUCCAAAAUUGCAAAACUCAACUCUUAAUAUGAUUUAUGACGUGGCAAAUAUAGCACAGGGUUGUUCGGGAGGGUCAACAACCCUAUGCUACAUGAAAAUACUUUUUGAAGCUAAUUUUCCCCGAUUUUCGUAAAUAAAAUGAGUUAUGACGUGGCAAAAUUUGAAAAAUUUACGAAAAUCGGGAUUUUGGGAGACAAAUCUUAUAGCAUAGGGUUGUUGGCCCUCCUGAACAACCCUGUGCUAGAUUUGCCACGUCAUAACUAGGAGUUGAGUUUUGCAAUUUUGGACAACAGGAUAGUGAUCAGCGGGUCGAAAACUAUCAAGUUUGGUCACCAAGCUUUGGGUCCAGGCCUAAAUAUCAUCUCGCGCCAAAAACGGUUCUAGCCUAAUUUUUGACGAAAAAAUGGCUCAGCCACAAAUUUACGAAAAAUCCGAAAUGUGUUCAGGCACAUCUUUGCAACAACUCUCGAAAAGGACCAUCAUCGUAUUUGCGCGAAUAAAAGCACCACGAUAUUCGAAAUGUUCUCCGUGAAAAAUAUGCUAUUUUCGCGCGAUGCGAGAAUCUACGAUGAGACACAACAUGCGAUGAAAAUCAAAAUUGUUUCCCCACAUUUUUUGGACAACAUGAAUGAACUUGAAAAUCACGUUGAAAAGCUCCGAAACUAUAUUAAAUGCGCGAAAACUUCAGUUUUUUCGAAUUUCAUCGAAAUUCCGGAAAAUUAUACCGUCGAAUUGUCAAACUACAUCAUGUUUAUGCAGUCGAGUUUUACGGAAGACUUUAUGCCAUAUGAUGGAGCAGUGAAGGAACUGGACGAGGAAAUUAAGAAGACGUACGAAAAUGCAGAGGUUUGUCUAUUUUUGGUACCAAAUAGGCCUACUCUGAGCUUUUUUUGGCCUCAAAAAUGUGAAAAACUGAAAAUUCAAAUUUCCGCCCAAAACGCGCUGUUCUCAUUAGGGCGCACUUGCCUAAUUUCAGAGCUAAAAUCGUGAUUUUCGCACCGAAAAGCCUAGUUUUUGAGUUUUGAGGUAUGACGUGGCAAAACUCAACUUUUUUCUAUAAAUAAACAUUGCCACGUGGUUUUUUAGCGUCUUUUUAAAGUCCGGAACAAAAAACAUGAAAAUUCAAAUUUUCGCCGAAAACGCGUUGUUCUCACUAGAGCGCACUUGCCUAAUUUCAGAUCUAAAAUCGUGAUUUUCGCACCGAAAGGCCUAGUUUUUGAGUGUUUAGUUAUGACGUGGCAAAACUCAACUUUUUUCUACUCAAAAAAUUGCCACAUGGUUUUUUGGCGUCUAUUUAAAGUUCAUAACAUAAAAAAUGAAAAUUCAAAUUUUCGCCGAAAACGCGCUUUUCUCAUUAGGGCGCACUUGCAUUUUUCCACCCAAAAAUCGUCAUUUUCGCACCGAAAAGCCUAGUUUUUAGGUGUUUAGUUAUGACGUGGCAAAACUCGAUUUUUUUUCUACUCAAAAAAUUGCCACGUGGAAUUUUUGGGGCUAAAUUUUGAAAAAAAAUAGAAUUCAAAAAAAAAAUGAAAAUUCAAAUUUUCGCCGAAAACGCGCUGUUCUCAUUAGGGCGCACUUGCUAAUUUCAAGGCUAAAAUCAUGAUUUUAGCACCGAAAAGCCUAGUUUUUGAGUUUUGAGGUAUGACGUGGCAAAACUCAAUUUUUUCUACUCAAAAAUUGCCACGUGGACUUUUUGGCGCCAAAUUUUGAAAAAAAAAUAGAAUUCAAAAAAAAAAAAUGAAAAUUCAAAUUUUCGCCGAAAACGCGCUGUUCUCAUUAGGGCGCAUUUGCAUUUUUCCAAAAAAUUCGUCAUUUUCAGGCCAUCACCGCAAAAUUCAACAUUACGUGCUCAAAAAUGCACCAAAUUUUCACGGGACCUUUGGAAAACGUUUGCGAUUUGGCCAAUUUCCAACUCGAAAAUAUCACGCUCUACAUGAUUUUCGUCAGUUUUUCGAGCCUUUUUCCAACAAUUUUGCUCAUUUUCACGCAUUUAUGGAUGAAUUCGGAGAAAUUUGAUGAGAAUGUGACCAAAAAAGAAUGA